AUAAAAGACGAGAAACGGAAAGUACCGAAUGUAGAGACAGGAAAAGAACAUGGCGGCAAAGAACAUCAUGAUGAGCUUCCAGUUGUACGAAGGGAUCCGAAUGGAUGAUGGUAUAUUGAAGGCCGUGAGAGUCAUACCUAGCCUGUGUAUGGAUGGAGAGUUAAACUGCAUGGAGAAUAGUCCCUCCUCACUGGGUGGUUAUGUUCUGUUAUCGACCAAUCAAGAGGGAAGCCACGUGGUGGUUCAUUGCUAUGCCAAUGGUUUGAUAACAGUGGAUGUUCAACAUUUUAAAGCAGAGAAAAGUCCAGACACUCUCCAUGAUGAAAUUACAGCCGCAAAGAACUUGGAGAUGAAGAUCCGUGAGUCUCUUGGAGAUCUCUGCAAGUACAGCAGAUGUUUGCCUGGAGAAAUAAAACGAGGGGAGCUAACUCCAUACUUUUCAUCCGGAAGCGACACACUCUUUGAAUACGAAAACCUGAAGCUCGUGUUUGAGAAAGAUUCCAAAUGGCAGAACAUCAAAAUCUACCACAAUCCUGGUGUUGGACAUUUCCUUUGUUUGGAUGAUGAUAUAAUGAUCGGAGAGAGUGAUCUUAUAUACACGCAGACGUUACUGGGCAUCGAGCGCAAUGAUUUCCGGGAUAAAACAGUUCUAAUUCUAGGGGGAGGAGAUGGGGGACUGCUGUAUGAAUUGCAGAAAAAGAACCCUAGACACGUGCUAAUGGUGGAGAUUGAUCAAGAUGUUGUGCUGGCCUGUAGAACUCAUAUGCGCAAGAUUUGUGAAUCAGUGAUGGAUUCAUUCGAAGGACCUAACUAUAAGAUUCAGUUUGACGACUGUUUGAAAGUUCUUCAGGAAUGUCAAGAAGAGGGUCGGAAGUUUGAUUACGUCAUUAAUGAUCUCAGCGAAUAUUUAAUCAACGCAGAAAAUACAAAGUUUGCCUAUGAUUUUGAAACAACGUGCAUUAUUCUAGAGCUAUCACUGAAAAUUCUCAAACCGCACGGAAAAUACCUGUCUCGGGGUAACACUGUAUCUGCCACUGAAUUCCUGGGUAAGUAUGAGGAUGAUAUCAAACAUCUGGGUAUGAAGUUCUCAAAGUUUGAAGUGUACGUCCCAUCAUUCAAAGAGAACUAUUGUUUAUACGAAGUUUGGAGGGAACAAGAAUCCUGAAAGGAAAGAACGUUUAUAAUAUAAAGGAAAUACAAUGUAUAUUACUGACUAAAAGAUCGAUUAUAUGAAAUACCUGUGGUAAAUAAAACUAGAAAGAUUUUGAUUUUAUCUUAAUUUCAUUAACAGUUCUUUUUAAAAAUGUUUGAUAAUUUAAUUGGAGACGCUAGAAUUUUGA